AUGGAGUCCUUUCGUCGAGCCCUGUCCGGCGACACGGAUACGUCGCAGCACGACCAGGAACCGCAGCGUAAGAAGAUGCGCAAGGGGACGAAGAGCUGCUAUGAAUGCCGGCGUCGAAAGAUUCGCUGCACUUAUGCGGCCGCCCGGCCGGGGAUAUGCAACGAGUGCCAUGCGCGAGGGUCCUCCUGCAUCGAUCAAGAACAUGCGCCGAUGAGGGCAGAGGCUGCGAAGCUUCGAGUCGGAGACCAGAGCUACAGCUUGAGGGAAAGGGUGGCGGCGUUGGAGCACACCGUGAGUAAGAUGGUGAGGCGGAUGGAUGAGAGCGAUAACGGUAUAUCGAACGAGCGCGCAAGCUGGCCCUACAUGGGCUCGCCUACCGAAAGCGUUGACCGGGAUACCAAAGCGUUAGGAGCCUGUCCGCAGGAGACAGUUCCGGAAACGAUACCGGCUCGAUCCAAUUCCACCGAUCUUGGGAGAACCGGGCCAGACGCAGCUCCUCUUUUGACCUUAUUUGAUAACCACAUAUUCACUCGAGAUGAGAAGAACCCCGAUGCGGAGGCCUCGAAAUCUGCCGACCCGGUAGCGAUAAAAUCAAAGCGCGUGGCCCUCGCGCUACGGGAGCUCCUCCCUUCCCCUGUCCAGCUGAAAAAACUACUUGGCUCAACGGCGAUGGUGUGGAACAUAUGGCGGGCCAGGUUCCCAGAAAUAUUUAAGCCCGAAGCUCUCGAGAACCCGGCUGAUGUCGGAAAGAUUCUAUUCAGCAUUGUCAUGACUAUUGACCAGGACUCGACGAAUUUUGAUCUCCAGAGCCUUAAGAUCCCCAUGUCUCGGGACAAGUAUGUCGAACAGUGUCUUGCUGCCAUUGAAAAAUAUAUUCUCGACGACGAUGACAUUGCUUCGUCUCUGUCUGGCAUAGAAUGUAUUUAUAUGGCAGGCAAGUAUUAUAGCAACAUCGGCCGCCCACGCAAGGCGUGGCUUCUGACCCGUCGUGGGAUAAAUUUUGCUCAGCUAUCCGGUCUACAUCUCCCAAACAACCGUCCCUCAUCAGACGAUGCAUUAGGUGUUCGCCAAUUGCAUAUUUGGUGUGGGCUUGCAUGCGCAGACCUCUAUCAGAGUUCGCUCCUUGGAUUGCCUUAUUCAGUCCCGACUCACCUCUUGGCGCCUCAUAUCACACACCUGUUGAAGGUCAAAAAAAUGGAUCCAGGCGAAGCGCACAUGCUACGUGUUUGCAUUCCACUAGGAUCUAUAAUCGAUAGGAACCAGGAUGGAGGCAACAUGUCUUUACCACUUACCCUGAAGAUCGAUCAAGAGCUAGAGGCCAUGGUCCAUCUACUGAGCUCUCCGUUUGUGGAUGACCCGCAGACCCGUGCGGACUGGAGGCUAGCUAUGAGUGUUGCACGAAUACUUCGUCUUGACCCAUACUUACGGGAGGAUUCCGUGAGCUAUCAGUCGGCGAGUGUCAUAGAGAAAUUUCACUCAUCAUCGUAUCUGCAAGGUGGCAUUCCUUUACCCGAACCCAAUCUUGACGUUAACCUCAACCUCAACCUUAUGGACGAUGCAGGAGGAUUUGGUAACCCCAACCUCAAUUUAGAUCUAUUUCUUGGGCAGGGGUGGAAUUUCGACUGGAUGGAUGGACAAGGGUUUCAACCUGUCUAA